AUGGGGACUUGUAUUCAGGAUGAAACAUGCCAAUGCCUUAACGGAUAUUCAGGCGCUAAUUGUGAGUAUGUGGAGUGUUUUGGAGUUACAAAUGAACCUGGUAAUGAGGUUUGCUCUCGUCACGGGCAGUGUUCAUCACCAGACAAUUGUCAAUGCGAUUCUGGGUAUUAUGGCUCUACAUGUUCCAUCACAACUUGUUUUGAGAAGUGGAGUAACUUGUCGAAUAGCAACAACAUUUGCUCUGGGCAUGGUACUUGUUCAUCAUUGGACGUUUGUGAAUGUAAUGCUGGAUACUUUGGUAGCGAAUGUGAAAAGGAUCUUUUCGCUGGGUACAAACUAAUUAGUAUUAGCCCAGUAGUGAUAGCAAAAAAUUCACCUGACAAUGUUGAAUUGAAAGCAAGUAUUGCCCUUCCUUCAAUGGUUCUAUCCUCUGCCUACUCACACGAUGGUUCACAACCUUUACCAUUUGUUGUUUCCAACUCUACAACUUCUAUUGUUAUUACAGAUACGGUAAAUGAUGCUUUUGGUCAAUUGUUAGUUCAGGAAGCAGAUAGAAAAGCAGGUGAACUUUACAAUCUUCCAUGUGAUUUUAACAUUUCCAAUCCCGACCAAGAACUCAAUAGUUUGACCAUCAUUAGAAAUGGUGGAGUCUAUUGUUUUCCAAAUGGUGUAACUAUAAGAGGACACACAUUUAUUAUUGUCGGUACAGAAACAGUCCUUUUCAAAUCUCCUUUUGUAUAUUAUUAUGGAGCUUCCUUUUACUAUCUGGAAUGUGCCUCCUAUAGGAACGUUUUCUGGUUAACCUAUGACCAAGGAGAUAAUGGAAACUUCUUUUCUGGAGAUAUUCAUGGAACUGUUAUUGGAAUUUCUCCUUAUCAUGGAAUUCAACUUUACGAUAACUUGGUGGGGGCUGUAUGGUACACUGGUGGAACAGAUAUGAUUCUAUUCGAUGUGAAUAUUUUACCACCAAUAACCUUCAAUUCAAAUGAAAGUUUUAGUCGAGAUGAUUGCAUGGAAACAAGUUGUUAUGGAAUUUCAUUCCGAUUGAAUAAUACUUGCUUUGGAAGAGGUCAUUGUGUGAAGAAUGAUACUUGUUUGUGCAAUACGGAUUCAUACGGAAGUAAUUGUUUAAUUUCAAUUUGUAAUGGUGUCUACGGAAAUGAAACCAAUGUAUGUAGUGGUCAUGGUGAAUGCCAAAGUAAGGACAGUUGUGAGUGCGAAAGUGGUUAUUAUGGAAAUUGGUGUGAAUUGACCACAUGUUUUGGAGUCCAGAAUGACCAGCCGAAUACUUGUAAUGGGCAUGGAUUGUGUUCCAAAUUGGAUACUUGUGAAUGUGCUUCUGGUUUUGGAUAUGGUGGUUCAAGUUGUGAAAUUCCAAUCUGUAAUGGAACUAUGGCUAAUGAAAGUAGUGUUUGUCUAUCAAGAGGUCAUUGUGUCCAACCAAAUAUGUGUAGUUGCCAAUCAAGUUAUUCAGGGUCAAACUGUGAAAUUGCUAAUUGUUUUGGAAUUAUUUCAAAUGACAGCUCAGUUUGUUCUGGUCAUGGGUCUUGUAAUUCUGUAGAUACUUGCACUUGUUCCAUUGAAUACUACGGAGCCGAUUGCUCACAAUUUGAUUGUUAUGGCAUUCAAUCAGUGAAUAGUUCUGUUUGUUAUGGAAGAGGACAAUGUAUUAAUGUUAAUACUUGUUCAUGUUCACAAGGAUACUAUGGCAAUGAAUGUGAAAUCUCCAUGUGUGAUGGUAUUUUGGGCAAUUCCUCCCAAGUUUGUUCUAGUUAUGGACAAUGCAAGGAUACGGAUGUGUGUGAUUGCCAAUUGGGCUAUUUUGGUGUGUUUUGUAAUGAAACAACAUGUAAUAGUAUAGCAAUGAAUGACUCAACAGUAUGUAAUGGACAGGGAACUUGUUGGCCAUUGGACACAUGUGUUUGCUCCAAUGGAUAUGAUGGCUCUAAUUGUCAAAAUCCUAUUUGCUUUGGAAUUGUUUCCACUAAUACCUCUGUUUGUGGAGGUCAUGGAGUUUGUUCGCAACCAAAUAUUUGUCAAUGCAACCAGGGAUAUUACGGAUCCCAAUGUGAAAUAGUCACCUGUUCUGGUAUCAUGUCAAAUGGAUCAACAGUGUGUUCAGGACAAGGGCAGUGUUCUGAUAUGGACAUAUGCCAAUGCAACAACCAUUACUAUGGAUCUAAUUGUGAAAAGUUUGAUUGCUUUGGUGUAUCCUCUCUCUUAAACACCUCAUGCUCUGGUCAUGGUACAUGUCUUGAUUACAAUACUUGCCAAUGUUACUCUGAUUAUUAUGGAAAUAAUUGUGAUGUUACCAAAUGUUAUGGUAUUUUCAGUAAUUCAUCCAAUGUUUGUUCAUCUAAGGGAAGUUGCCAUGUACGAGAUACUUGUAUCUGUUCGAAUAAUUACCACGGUUCUUAUUGUAACAUAACAAGUUGUAAUGGAGUUUAUUCUAAUGAUGCUUCAGUUUGUUCCGGUCAUGGUUCAUGUAUUGGGUACGACACUUGUCAAUGUUUGAGCGAUUAUUCUGGAAGUAAUUGUCAAGGAGAAAUAGUUGACCCAUUUGCUGGAUUUAGAAUUAUUUCAGAUUCUUCAGUUUCAAUUUCUAUUGAUUAUUUCCUGACAGAUUGGCAACCAGUUUUGCAAUCCUAUACUCGUUACUAUGCCUCAAGUUUACUUCUUAAAAGUAUUUCCUAUUUGGAUUCAAAUAUUCAAUAUCUUCCACAUUCGAGUGCAGUUAUUCUAAACAGCACAAGUGCACAGGGCAUCAAUAUUGUCAACAAGAUGAAAACCAUCAAGUCCCAGUUAUUGGCUUCAUUAACCUGCACUAAAACUUACACAAACACUAACUCUCCAAAUACUUUUAUAAUCAAACAUGGAGGUGUAAUUUGUUUCACAGGAGGAAUGACAUUCGGGCCAGAAAGAACUAUUAUCAUUGUGGGAACAGAGCCUGUCAUAUUCAAACUCCCAUCCUUGCAGUAUAGUGCUCUUAAUAUUGUUUUUUUGGAAUGUGCCUCAUAUAGAAACUUUUUCUGGAUUUUGGAUUCAAAUAGUUUUAUUAAGGGAGCAGAUAAAACAAAGAAUUAUCAACCACCAAUUCAUGGAACAUUUAUUCAACUCUCUGGAACUAUUUCUUUGAGAGGUUACCUUGCAGGUAGUGUAUGUGCUUCGAACAUCAAUACUCUUCUCCACGAAGUCACAUUUUAUGAUCCAACCACUUUUGACCCUUUCCAAAGUGUCACUUCACAAUGUAAUUACACCCUCUGUUACAACAUUCUAUCAAAUAAUCAAUCAGUGUGUUCAGGUAAAGGUAAUUGUUCUGAUUACAACACUUGUGUUUGUAAUACGGAUAGUUAUGGAUCUGAUUGUUCUUUAUUUAAGUGUAACGGAAUUUUGAGUUCAAACUCAACUUUUGUUUGUAAUGGAAGAGGUAAAUGUGUAGGGCCAGAUGUCUGUUCCUGUAAUCCAGGUUAUUAUGGAGAUUUUUGUGAGCUGACCACAUGUAAUGGAAUUGAAAAUACCUCGCCUCUUGUUUGUAAUGGAAGAGGUGCCUGUAAUCAUUUCAAUAGCUGUUCCUGUAGCUCUACAUUUGGGUAUGGUGGAUCAGAUUGCGAUAUUCCAAUUUGCUAUCAAAAACUUGCAACCAAUCGUUUAGUUUGUAGCUCAAGAGGUGAUUGCUUGGGACCAAAUGUUUGUAAUUGUACCGAAACUUAUCUUGGUGAUAAUUGUCAACUGACCACUUGUGCUGAUAUACUUUCAAACUCUUCUCUUGUUUGUUCAGGCUUUGGAUCAUGUGUUGGCUAUAACAAUUGCACCUGUCAUACAGGUUUCUAUGGAGAAACUUGUGCAGAAUAUGAUUGUUUCGGAGUUAAUAAGAAUAAUCCAAAUGUUUGCUCUUCAAAAGGCGAAUGUAUUACUGUUAAUAACUGCACAUGUCAAGAUGGCUUUUUGGGUAAUAAUUGUUCCUACACUACUUGCUUUGGAGUAAGAAGUGAUUCGCCUACAGUUUGUAAUUCGAAAGGUUCCUGUAGAGCCAAAGAUGUUUGUGAAUGUUGGAAUGGAUAUUUCGGAAGUAAUUGUACUCUGACAAGUUGUGGAGGGAUCUAUUCAAAUGAUAGCUCUGUGUGUAAUGGACAUGGUUCUUGUUGGCCAGCGGAAACCUGCACUUGUUUAUCUCAAUAUGGAUAUACAGGUCAAUUGUGUGAAAUUCCAAUUUGUUAUACCAUAGCAGCUAGUGAUCCUUUAACCUGUUCUUCUCAUGGCUCCUGUGUUGGUGUCAAUACAUGUGAGUGCCAAGCAAAUUAUACUGGAUCCAAGUGUCAAGUUACAUCAUGUCAAGGAAUUCUAUCAAACGGCUCACUUGUUUGUUCUGGGCAUGGUUCAUGUAUUGAACAUGAUAAUUGUACAUGCCUAGCUGGUUACUUUGAUACCGCCUGUAAUCAAUUCACAUGUAAUGGAACCAACUCCCAAGACAGCUCAGUUUGCUCUGGAAAAGGAAGUUGCGAUUCAUAUAAUAAUUGUUCUUGUCAAGCGGGCUAUUAUGGACCUAAUUGUGAAAAGACAAUGUGUAAUAACAUUUUGAGUGAUAAUCCAUCUGUGUGUACAUCUCGUGGUAAUUGUAUUGCCCCAGAAGUUUGCAGUUGUAAUGAGACUUAUUUUGGUACUAAUUGUGAGUUGACUACUUGCAAUGGAACUGUUUCAAAUAGCAGCUCGGUAUGUUCAGGAUCAGGAGUUUGUUGGCCAUUCGAUACCUGCACUUGUUACUCUGACUUGGUCAGAGAAUUCGAAGGUCAAUGGUGUGAAAAACGUUUGUGGGAUCCUUUCGCUGGAUAUCGAAUGGUAUCUCACAAUGGUUUAGUUUACCAUUUUGAUGAUAACAACAAUUUCUACACUCCUGAUAUUCAUACCAAUACUAGAUAUUAUCGUUCAAGUAUGAUUUUAGAUAUACUUACAAAGAUAACACCUACACUCAAUUACACAUCUGAUAAUGGAGCUCACAUUGAUAGUGUUAAUACUCCCAAAGCAUCAGCCUUGGCUGCACUUAUGAAAAAGAAAGGUAAUUCCAUGUGGACACUUCCAUGUACUAAAACAGUUAACAAUUCAAGUGAUUUGCCAUGGAUUAGUAAGAGUGAAAUUAUGAUUCGUCACGGAGGUGUUUUCUGUUUCAAUAUUGAAGCUUCUUUUCACAACAAUAUAACCAUUAUCAUAGUUGGAGCUGAACCUGUUGUUAUGAAAGUUCCUUCAAUUCAAUACUCUGCAGUCAACUUUGUAUUUGCAGAAUGUGCUUCUUAUAGAAAUUUGUUUUGGUUUAUCACAAGUUAUAAUCCAAGUUUCAUUCAAGGAGGAAAUAGAGGGACUGGAUAUGAGCCUCCAAUUUAUGGAACUUUCUUCCCAACCUCAGGUGGUUCCUUCCAACUUGCUGGUCCUUUUGCAGGAAGUGUUUGGGUAACCGGUAAUGCAUGGACUGUUUUUAUUGAUGUUACUGUUUAUCCACCAUUGUCAACUGAUCCAUAUGAACCAACAGUUGGUCAAUUUUGUAAUUAUACUCAAUGUUUCAAUGUUAAAUCUAAUUUGAAUACUACAUGUUCCGGUAGAGGUCAGUGCAUUGAUUAUAAUACAUGUGUUUGCAAUGCCGAUGCUUAUGGAGUUGAUUGUUCAAUCUCCAAGUGUAAUGGCACAUUUAGUAAUGUAUCAACUGUUUGUAAUGGACAUGGUUCAUGUAUCGCUAAAGAUACUUGCCAAUGUAAUACAGGAUACUAUGGAGAAUGGUGUCAAUAUACAACAUGUGGAGGAAUUGAAAGCACUUCACCAUUGACUUGUAGAGAAAGAGGUACUUGUAUUGCCUAUAAUCAAUGUUCUUGUAAUGUCACCAAAGGAUACAAUGGUAAUGACUGUGAAAUUCCUUAUUGUAACAACAUUUUGGGAAACACUUCAACUGUUUGCAGUGCUCAUGGUUCUUGUGAAUUGCCAAACACGUGCAAUUGUUCAGCAAACUAUUUUGGAACAUUUUGCCAAUAUACCACUUGUGCAGGCAUUGAAACAUAUAAUUCAUCAGUUUGUAUUGGUAGAGGUCAAUGUACACUUUACAAUAAUUGUACUUGUAACUCACCUUAUUAUGGAUCCAAUUGUGAACAAUUCAAGUGUUUUGGAGUGAAUAACAACUCUAGUACUGUUUGUUCUGGAAGAGGUAUCUGUACAGAUUAUAACACCUGUGUUUGUAAUGCUGGAUAUUUAGGAUCGAAUUGUGAAAUUUCAUCCUGUUUUGGAAUUUUAAGUAAUGUGUCCCUUGUUUGUAAAGCUCAUGGAGUUUGUGUAGCUACGAAUACUUGUGUCUGUGCUGCUAAUUACAUGUCCAGUGAUUGUUCUGUGACUUCCUGUUCAGGAAUCAAUUCAACUUGGUCUUCAGUAUGUCAUGGAAGAGGUUCAUGUUGGCCUUACAAUACAUGUAAUUGUAAUGCCAAAUUGGGUUACACUGGAAAUGAUUGUAAUGAGCCAAUGUGUGACGGUCUUACAAACUCUGAUCCUUAUGUUUGUAGCGGAAGAGGAGGUACUUGUGUUUCUCCUAAUCUAUGUGUCUGUAACGAUCCAUCAAAAUAUUUUGGUAAAUUGUGUGAAUACACCUAUUGUCGAGGUGUUCCAACCAAUCUUACUGACACAGCACUCUUCUGUUCUGGAAAUGGUAUUUGUACAGACUAUAAUUACUGUUAUUGUUUUAGUGGAUAUACAGGAACUGAGUGUGAGUUGGAUAUGUUUGCAGGUUACAGAUUCGUCACCAAUAAGAAUGUUUAUGUUUUGAAGAAUCAGAUUUAUUACUUGCCUGCCAAUAUCGCCAUAGGCCCAAUGUUGAGUGCUGCUGGGCAGAAGACAUACCUUCCUUACCAACAAGCAGUGAAAACCAAUUUGAGAGUUGAUGCUACAUUGUUGAAUGAGCUCCAAAUGAGAGCUAUGGGUUUAAGGUAUAAUUUCUUCCCUUGUGAACAUUAUAUCAAGGACGCUUCAGUAUUUGGAAAGAACAUAGAAUUGAGGGGAGGUGUGUACUGCAUUCAGAAUCCAUGGACAAUUGAUGGACAUAACUUUACCGUAAUUGGUAAAAAACGAACCAUUUUUACACUUCCACAGCUGAUAUAUAAAUCAGCAAAGUUCACCUACUAUGAAUGUGCAUCUUAUAGAGAUGUAAUAUUUUAUGCCGGUGAAACUACUGGCUACAGCAAUUUCACAGGACCUAUCGAUGCAACCAUUUUUGUAAAUUCACCAGGUGCAGCAGAUUACUACGUGAACGGUGAUAUUAAUGGAGCAAUCUAUAUAUUUGGAAAACUUGGAUCUAACGAUGCUCCACCUACUGGUACUGUCUACACUACAGAUAUGAAAUUUAUUGCACCAUACACAUUUGAUCCAGCUGUUAGAUACAUUGAAUCCAAGUGUAAUUAUUUCACAUGUUUUGGAAUUGGCUCUAAUAUCAAUACUACUUGUUCUGGAAAAGGAAAAUGCAUAGGCAUUGAUACUUGCUCAUGUAUUUCUGGGGCGUAUGGGCCUGAUUGUUCUCUCAGAAUGUGUAAUGGAACUUUAGGAAACUUUUCCAAUGUUUGCAGUGGUCAUGGUUCAUGUAUUUCCACUGAUAUUUGUCAAUGUAAUGCAGGAUUUUAUGGGCAAUGGUGCCAAUACACAAAGUGUUAUGGAUUAGAAAAUACUUCUCCAACUGUUUGUUCAGGAAGAGGUUCUUGCUUGUCUGAAAAUAAUUGUAUUUGUAAUUCUACUUAUGGAUACGAAGGUUCACAAUGUGAAACUCCAAUUUGUGGUGGACAAUUGGGUAUUUGUGCUAGUUCAAGCAGAGGAAAUUGUACAGCUCCUGACACUUGCUCAUGUUUGGAUCAUUAUAGUGGUCAAUUUUGCCAAUGGACUACUUGUAAUAGCGUACCUUCUAAUUCAUCAAGUGUUUGUUCUGGAAGAGGAAUAUGUGCUGCAUAUAAUACUUGUCAAUGUAAAGCAGGAUAUAUUGGAUCGAUCUGUGAAAAGGAUGUCUUUGCUGGAUACAAAUUAAUUAGUAACAAGGCAGUUCUUUUAGCAAAGAAUUCAAGAGCUAGCUCUGUGCUGGCAGCAAGUAUUGCCCUUCCUUCAAUGACAAUUAGACCACCAACAUUUUUAAAUCCAGAUAAGGUCUAUCCAUAUGUUGCAAGUGGUAAGUCUGUAAUUACAAAGCCAACCGAUUCCUACUAUCAAACUUUAAUGACCGAAUUAUCAAAGAAAUUCGAUGAGCUCAUGUCCGCUCCUUGUGACUAUGUAAUUUCAAAACCAGAUACUGAAAUGGGUCAGAAAAUUCUCAUUGAGCAUGGUGGCGUCUAUUGUUUCCAGAAUGGUUGGAACAUUAAUGGUCAAAAGUUUACAAUUGUUGGAACUGAGCCAGUUAUUUUCAAAGCUCCAUAUAUCAAGUAUUCUGGAGCUAACUUUGUAUAUUUGAAGUGUGCUUCAUAUAGAAACGUGUUUUGGGUCACUCAAUACUACAACUUGACUGGCAGAGUAAAUUGGGUUAACAGUAAUUCAUUUUCUGGAACAGUUCAUGGCACAAUAGUUGCUAGAUAUGGGUAUGAUUAUUUAGUUUCCGAUGAUAUACAAGGAGCUAUUUGGUUUUAUACUCAAGAAGAUGGAUAUAUCACUUUGAAAGAUGCUAAACUUACAACACCUCCAACAUUUGAUCCUUACAUGCCAUAUGUUACUGGAUCUUGUGAUACUUAUACUUGUUUUGGUAUUGAUCCAACUUCGAAUAUGAGUUGCUCAGGUAGAGGUGUCUGUAAAGAUUACAAUACAUGUACAUGUCAAGAUGAUUCCUAUGGUAUUGAUUGUUCCAUUUCUAAAUGUUAUGGAAUUUUUGGAAAUGUGUCAAUUGUUUGUUCCUCUCAUGGUAAUUGUACAUCAAAGGAUACAUGUACAUGUAGUGAAGGAUACUUUGGAGACUUGUGUCAAUACACUUCAUGUGCUGGCAUUCCAAAUAACUCUACAAAUGUCUGUAACCAGAGAGGUGUUUGUAAUAUUUACAAUUCUUGCACUUGUAACACAACUUUGGGUUAUGAUGGAUCGAAUUGUCAUGUUCCAAUAUGUAAUCAUCUAGUAGGAACAUGUACAGAUCUAUUCAGAGGUAACUGUACUGCUCCUAAUGCAUGUUCAUGUGAAAAUCAUUAUUAUGGGCCUUGGUGUGAAAAGACAACUUGUGGUGGAUUUGAGUCAACUAAUACACAAUCUGUUUGUAAUGGAAGGGGUAAUUGUACAGCUUAUGAAAAGUGUACCUGUUUACAUGGAUAUGCAGGAGCAUUUUGUGAAGAGUAUAGUUGUUUUGGAGUUGUGAGAACUCUUCCGUCAACUUGCUCUGGAAGAGGAGCUUGUUCUUCAAUUGACCAAUGUGAUUGUAGCGCAAAUUAUUAUGGAUCUAAUUGUGAAAUUAGCAAGUGUAAUGGUAAAUUUGGAAAUGAGUCUACAGUGUGUAGUUCUAAUGGUCAGUGUAUUGAGACAAAUAUUUGUAAUUGUUCAGAGCAUUAUUAUGGAAAUUGGUGCGAAAAGACGACUUGUUUUGGAGUUGCUUCCAAUGAGUCAAAUGUUUGUUCACAUAGAGGACAAUGUAAAGCAUUCAAUACUUGCCAAUGCAAUCAAAAUUACUUUGGAGAUAAUUGCGAGUUGACUACUUGUAAUAAUCUUGCUUCAAACUCUGGUUUGGCUUGCAAUUUGGUUGGCAAUUGUACAGAUUACAAUACAUGUGUUUGUCCUUAUGGAUAUACUGGUUCAUGGUGUGAACAGACUACUUGCUUUGGUGUAGCCACAAGUUCUCCAAGUGUUUGUAAUGGACAUGGUAAUUGUACAACUAUGGAUAUGUGUAGUUGUGAUCCUAAAUAUGGUUAUGGUGGAAGUAAUUGUAACAUUACAACAUGUGAUGGAGAAUUGUCUACCUCUUCUCAGUGUAAUUGCUCUGAAAAUUAUCAUGGUGAAUGGUGUGAGCUCACAACUUGUAAUGGAAUUGAUUCGAAUAGUACUGAAGCAUGUUCUGGAAGAGGAAGAUGUGUAGAUUAUAAUAGUUGUGUCUGUUCGAAUGGAUACUAUGGGGAUGACUGUCAGGAUUACAAUUGUUAUGGUAUUUCACAUUUUUCAAAUUUGACAUGUUCCGGAUAUGGUAAUUGUUCCGAUAUCGACACAUGUGAAUGUUUUGAAGAUUCUAUUGGUUUAGAUUGUUCCGUCAACGUUUGCAAUGGUCUUCCUAUGAAUUCCUCAUUAGUUUGUUCAGGACUAGGCAGUUGCACUCGACCAAAUUAUUGCAAUUGUUCAGAUAACUAUUUUGGAAGUAAUUGUGAAUGGACCACAUGUUAUUCCAUCGCAUCAUUCUCUCCAUCCACAUGUUCUGGAAGAGGAAAUUGCUCUGAUUUUGAUAAGUGUAUAUGUAAUUCUGAUACAUUUGGUUCCGAUUGCUCUCUCUUCAAAUGCAACCACACCCUUGGCAAUGAAACUCAAGUUUGUAGUGGACGAGGUUCAUGUAUUGGCACUGAUGAGUGCAAUUGCACUGAGAAUUAUCACGGAGAGUUUUGUGAAUUUACUGAAUGUUUCUCUCAACUUUCUAAUGAAAGUUCAGUUUGCUCUGGAAAAGGAAAAUGCAUUGAGUUCAAUAAUUGUUCAUGCCAAGAUGGAUAUUUCGAUCAAGAUUGUUCUCAAUUCCAAUGUAAUGAUACCUUCAGCAAUGAAACCACAGUUUGCUCCUCAAGAGGUUUUUGCAUUGAUUCGAACAAGUGCAAUUGCUCAGAAAAUUACUUUGGACUGAAUUGUGAAUUGAGCAUUUGCUUUACAAUUCUUUCUAAUGACAGCAGAGUUUGUUCUAGAAGAGGAAUUUGUGUUGAUUAUCAAAACUGCUCAUGUUAUGAUGGAUUUUAUGGUGAAAGUUGUGAGUUUGCUGUAAGUGCAGUGAACAAUCAAUCAAAUUCCACUCAAUUGAAUAAUCAAACUAUUGAUUCCAGUAAUGUAACCAUGAAUAAUAAUUCAUCGGUGGUUUUUAACAAUACUGAUAACAGUACAAAUACUGAUAAUAGUAGUGUUGUGGUCACUAAUCACACAAUUUCAGAAGACAAUACAACACGUUCUAAUUCAAAUGGAACUGUUUAUAAUAACAAUAGUACAGACCUUUCUAAUGAAACAAUUUCAAAUAAUGGAACAGUUUCUGCUAACGCAAAUGUUACUAUCCCUGACAAUUCUACUUCUUCCACUAAUCAAACUGUUUCUCCAAGUACUGAUUCAUCAAAUGGAACUGUUUCCAAUAAUACUGUAAAUGCAACAGCUUCUGAUAAUACUACCACUGAUAAUUCCAACAUUACAAUUUCGGAUAAUACCACUUCACCUGGAUCCAAUAAUCAAACUAUUUCUCCAAGUGUUGAUUCAUCAAAUGGAACGAUUUCAAAUAACACUAAUCCUUCGGUAGUUUCGAACAGCUCAACUGUUUCAAACUCUUCUUUUACUAACGGAACAGUUUCCAACAGCACAGUCACUUCAAAUAGUAGCACAAUUACUUAUAAUACCACAAUUUCAUCAAACGAAACAAUUUCGGUUAAUGUAACAAGCAACACAUCAAAAAUUACAAAUUCAACCUCAAUCUUGAACGAAACUGUUCCUGUAAUGCCUGAGCCUGAUGUUGUGGUUGCUUUGCCGGUUGCAAUUAUAAAACGAAUGAGCUCGAACGUGUUCAGCUCAUGCGAUGAUAUUAGAGUGGAUGGCUCGCAAAGUUUCUCACAAGAUUCGACCUAUCUUGACUAUUAUUGGAAUUUAUUGGAAGCAAGCUCUUUGACUAGUUUACAAAGUUUGCCUAAUAGUCCAAUCAUUGUCAUUGACUCUACAUUGAAGCCAGGACAAUAUGUUGUUUCACUAAAAGUUGGAAAUGGAAGAAAUAGUUCAGUGAACUAUUCGAAACCUUUCACCAAGUCAGCAAAUCCACUUCCAAAGAUUUAUAUUGCUAAUUCUUUGAUUGAAAAGUAUGGAAAUCAAUUCCCAGUAACCAUCAAGAAAGUUAUCACAGAAUCAACUUGCCAAAAGGAAAAAUCAGUAAUUAGUUGGAGUCAAUUAAGUGGACCAACAGUUAAAUACUCAAUUGACAGUUUCAGUAAUCUUGCUAUUGCCUCAUUGACUACCUAUGGUUUCCAUACUUACAUCUUCCAAGUUUCAGCUCAUUACCCUUCAAAUCCAUUAGAAAGAGUUUCUGCCAAUGUAACACUUGUUACAAAAUCUCCUGAAUUGCAACUUGAAUUAUUGACAACUGAUGCAAAUUCUAAUUACACAACUAUUGUAAUUGGAUACACAGAUCCAGAGAGUGCUUAUAAUACUCUUUCUGAGGAAUGGAAAUGGACUUGUUUGAAUAAUACGAAUCCAAGUUUAAUUUCCUUCUUGGAAUUGAUUUCUAAAAACAAGCAAACUGAAGUUAGAUUUGAUGGUUCAUCACUAUUUCGUCAAAACAUACCUCGCUCUAUUGAACUAUCUUUAAGAAUUUCCAAGUCUGAUAGAACAAUCUCCAAGUCAAUUAUAGUUUACUUUGGAUUGGUUCCACCUAUUGUAAAUAUUAUUUCAGUAGAACCAAGCACUUUGUACGUUCUUCCUGGAGAACCUCUCAGUAUUCAGACAUUAGUCACCAAAGGAAAUGUUAAUGUUACAUUGAAUGGACAAGUUGUUGAAGUAUCCGAUCAACAGCCAACCUUGGAUGUUGACACUAAACUAUUAGAACAAGGUUCUGAAAAUACAAUUACAAUCACAUCGACUGAUCCAGUGACUGGAAUGUCUAGCUCUUCAAGCUAUACUUUCAAAGUUGCUACCUAUCCGAAACCAUGUGCUUGUUUCAUUUCUCCUUUAAGUGGAAUUGCAUUAGAAAGCGAUUUUGAAUUCUAUUGUACGAAUUGUAAAAAUUCAGAAAAUAAUAUUGACUAUCGAUAUGGAUUUAUAGAUGACAGAUCCGAAACAAGAAUUCUAUUAUUCGAUUCUGGUGAAAUUUAUGCUUCCAAGUUGCCAUCUCCAUUUUCUGGAAAUACUGUCAAAUGUUUCUUUGAUAUUGUCGAUACAGAGACAGGUGCUUUUACAACAGUUUACAAAAAUGUCACUAUAGAAAAACCUCUCGUUACAAAAGUCGAACAAGUUCAAGGACUAGUCGAAUCAUGGACUAUUGUGGGAUCCAACUAUUUCAGUAAUGGAGAUUUCAGUAAGAGUAUUUAUCAAUGUGCUUCAACUUCAAGAACUGAUUCAGUUUUAUUGAGACAGAUAUUAGGAAAUGAAUAUUUAGAAAGAUCAGAAAGUAUUGAAUGUGAGAAUGGUGUUGAUAUUUCAGGAGUGUGUAAAUGUCAUGAUGGAUAUAUUGGUAAACAUUGUGAUAAGGCGAUUAGUGACUUUUCUAAUAUUCAAGGUACUAAAUUGCAAGUACUCAGAGAAAUGGUGACCAUUGCCAAUAGCACUGGUGAAAUGAAUAAUCAAUAUUUGUCAUUGCUGUCAUUUGCCAUUGAUUCGAUACUUGUCAAUUAUCAAUAUUUAGAUACAAAUACUAUAUCUGAAUCAAUGUAUACUUUGAAUAUGUUUUUGGAAUAUUCCUUAUCUGAUGAAAGUUUGAGAUUACCAACCGGGGUUGAUAAGUUAUUAGAAUCUAGUCAAUAUUCAACAUUUAAUUACAUUACUGAUAAGCAAUACCUUACUGAUCAAACGUCAAAUGCCUUAAAAUUAUUGAAAUCUCUCAAAUUGUCAUCUCAGUUACAAGCAAGAUCUGUUUCCAUGUCAAAUGCCAAGAGAAACAUUAAGGGAUCAUUCUUUAGUAUAGUUUUGGGUAAGAGCUUGUUAGCUGAUCAUCAAAAUAAUAUUCAAGAUCCCCAUUCAUCUUCGUCCAUAAGUAUGGAGAAUGGUUUCUUUGCUUAUACUGCAAGAUCUAAAGUUUCAUCUAUCAAAAAGCCAUAUAUUUACAUCCUGUCUGUGACUGAUGACAUUUACUCAUUGGGAACUAAACUCAAAGUUGUGGAAAAGAAUAACAAUGUUCAAAAGGUUUCAAAUUUGGUUUCUCCAAUAGUUUCUGUAGAUUUUGUGGAUGUUGCCACUACCAUGAAUCCAACAAAAAUAAUUUAUUCGAUUCCAAUUAAUUUGAAUGGAUCAACAUUUGAAUUGAGAAGAGGAACUUUUGAUUUAUCAGUCAAGACACUGGACCAGUAUUGUAAAAACUUUGAUGAAGGUUCUAUUAAAGUUCUUUCAGACUGUACCUUAAUUUCAUUGACUGCAACACAUGCCAAAUGUCAAUGCUCCAAAUUUACAAAUGUAUUUGUUAUUGAAACAACGACCAUUUCAACUUAUUCCUACACCUACUUGGCAGCUAUUGGUUUCUCUCUUGUAGCUGUCUGUUCCAUUGGAACCUUGGUAAUUCUCUCAGUUUGCGUAUGGUGGAAAUUCAAGAAACCUAAACUUUCCAAAAAGAGAAGUCUUGUCUUUACGGAUGCCUCUGAAAAUGAGAUUCAACUCAGAAUUCAAGAAAUUAUUCUCGGAGACCAUACAUACAGUAAUUCAGAAACUAACUCUGAUGAUUCAUUGAUUAUUGAUGUGAUAGAUGAUUGUCCAUCAGGAGGAAGCAGUGGAACAGGUUCAAAUAAUGGAAGAAUGAGAAGUUAUUCAAUGCAAGAAAGACCAACCACAAUGAUGAGUUCAUCCUCUCCAAGAGGUGGAGUUGGUGCCAAUAUACUUUCAUCUUCACCAAGAGGAACAAGAAAUCGUUCAUCUUCAGUUGCUCCAUUGAUUAUUCAGGAAAGCCAUGAAUUGGAUUCGAAUGCAUCAAGUUCUGAUGAAUUAUUAAAGAAUCAUUCAGAGGGAGGUGUUAAACGAUCUGGAAGUGGUAUUUGGGAUUUGAGAGAAGAUGGCUUUCUAGAACAUGAAAAAUUUUAA